AUGAGUGGUAGAGGCAAGACUGGUGGUAAAGUCAGAGCAAAAGCUAAAACCCGGUCAUCGAGGGCUGGGCUCCAGUUCCCGGUUGGUCGCGUUCACCGAUUGCUGCGUAAAGGAAACUAUGGCGAACGUGUUGGUGCGGGUGCUCCGGUUUAUCUGGCCGCUGUGCUCGAAUAUCUGACCGCUGAGAUCCUUGAGUUGGCUGGUAACGCUGCCCGAGAUAACAAGAAAACCCGCAUCAUUCCCAGACAUCUGCAGUUGGCGGUACGUAACGACGAAGAGUUGAAUAAGCUCUUAGGAGGCGUUACAAUUGCUCAGGGUGGAGUACUGCCGAAUAUCCAAGCCGUGCUGCUCCCAAAGAAGACCGAGAAGGCAGCGAAGGCCAAACUCUCUCUGAUACUGAAAAUGAGUGGCAGAGGGAAGACUGGCGGUAAAGCGAGAGCAAAAGCUAAAACCCGUUCAUCGAGGGCUGGGCUCCAGUUCCCGGUUGGUCGCGUUCACCGAUUGCUGCGUAAAGGAAACUAUGGCGAACGUGUUGGUGCGGGUGCUCCGGUUUAUCUGGCCGCUGUGCUCGAAUAUCUGACCGCUGAGAUCCUUGAGUUGGCUGGUAACGCUGCUCGAGAUAACAAGAAAACCCGCAUCAUUCCCAGACAUUUGCAGUUGGCGGUACGUAACGACGAAGAGUUGAAUAAACUCCUUGGAGGCGUCACAAUUGCUCAGGGUGGAGUACUGCCGAACAUCCAAGCCGUGCUGCUCCCAAAGAAGACCGAGAAGGCAGUAAAGUCCAAGUAA